CACACAUUAUGUGUGAAAUAUUUACGAUUUUGUAAUCACAAGUGUGUUUGCAUUUGGUUUCAUAUCUGUUGCCUGUGUUUGUCUGAGACGAGACAUAUUUGUGUCGAUUAUAUAAGUGCUGUGAUAAUAGUGGACAGGUAUGGAACAGGAGGGCCCCAGAAUCAGGUUCAAUAAGAUAUUCUUCGAAUAUAUUAGCACCGUUACAUUAAGCUCACAAUUUAUGAACUUGUUGAGAACGCAUCCAUGUGAAUAUAUGCUCGAUGAUGUCAAAAAUUUUAGAGACGAAACGGCAAAGAAGUGCAGAAUAUUUGGUGAGUUUACGCGAGAGCGCGACCACUGCUCUAAAUUGGCCGAUAUAUUGGAGAAAUCGGGUCAACUCGAGGCCGCAAAUCAGUUGCGCGAAUACAACACGUCGGAAAAGCCGUGGAAAUACAAAGACAUUAUAGACCUCCAAGUGGUCAAAGCGGUUACAUUAAGAUCCGGUCAUUCGCGAUGGUAUACAAUGGAUGGCCGACAACGCGGACGAGCGCUUAUAUUUGUCACAAUCGAUGUUCUCCACAAAGAGGCCCAAAGAUUUGAGUCAAUACUGAAACAGAUGUACUUCGAAGUGGAGAUUUAUCCGAGACUGACGGCCGACCAAAUUGAGGCAGUGCUUGAAGUGGAGGCCAACCAUCAACACGAAGGCGACGCCUUUAUUAUGAUGUUUAUUGGACACGGAGGCGAUGAGAAGAUCAAAGGCUACGGCGAGACACCCGGCGAUGAAUUGGCCAUAAGUAAGAUUGUGGACAAGUUUUCGGAGAAAAACUGCGAUUCUCUGAAAAAGAAACCUAAAGUAUUUGUAUUCAACUGUUGCCGAACCAAAGAGGAAGAAACACCACUUCCCGCUGUGUUUAAACUCAUUGGCAGUCAAAUAGUGAUUGAUAUGAAGACCAUCGAUAAGAACUGGACGAAUGAGAAUCAACGGACGUAUAUUGUCUAUGCAUGCGCUGAGGGUAUCCCUUCGUGGUAUUAUCCAAGUGAAGGAUUCACACAAUUUGGUCAAGCAUUCAGUCAUACAAUCGCUCAGUUCUCGUGGUAUAAGAAUCUGUUAGAAUUACUACUAAAAACUCAAUCACGACUGGAAAAAGAGAUGGGAAAAGAACAGAGACCUGAGAUUAGGUUAUGUUGUGUCGAAAGGGAACUAUACUUCAACCCCGGACUCGCAAAACAGCCAUAAUAUUUGACAUAAGAGCAAUAUUACGCCAAUUUAUUUAAAAUAUUUAUAAUUAUCUAAUAA